AUGUCAGAGCAUUUAGCUGAAGAGUUGAAAGAAAAGAUCAAUCAGCUUUUAAAUGAUGAAUUAUUAAGUGACGUAUCACCUUCACUCUCUGAAAAAGAAAUCGAUUCGCUUAUUGCAGUUGAAAAGGGACAAGCCUUCAGAAUACGAGUUGAACGUGAGCCUUUACGACCGAUCAAUCUUAUUGUUGGACAAUCCUAUAGUGUCAAAGAUAUCAAAAAGCUUAUUCAAGUGACAGUAGAAAGGAUGGAAAAGGAAGAAAAGACUGGCAGGAAGAGAAGAAUUAGUUGGAAAUUCAUUUGGAGAACAUACUGCUUGGUAUUUGAUGGUACAAAGUUAUUAGAUGAUAAUGCUAUUGUCAGUCAACUAGGAAUCAAGCAGCACAGUGUAUUAAAAUUUACGCGAUUACCUCAUCAAAAAGGAAAGCACAGUAAAGCUUGGAAAUGGUAUUAG